AUGAUCGCCUCAGUGAUAGUGCUGUGUUUAGUUGGUUGUGUGUUUGCAAUAGUGACAGCUCGCGACAUUACCGAUGAGGAGUACUACAAUCUACCACCACUGUUUCACCUUGACCGUUACGAUGCGUGCCUCUCGCAGGCCGACGGUCUCUACUGCCUGGGCACCUUCCACCUCACUUCUGAUGAAGAAAACCCAACUUUUCAACUUAUGCAGGAGUAUUCAUCAGAUAGCAACCACUACAAUCACACGCAACUCCACCGCGGGUACUGCAUCAGCAGACGCUGCCCGCAGACCGCUUCAGAAAAGAAUACCUCGUACCGCUUCGAACUCUGCGUCCAGAAGUGGGCGGAUACCCACUCUCUCCACUCGCAGCUGUACCACCUCCAGUACUGCCAUACUCACGAGGAUAUCAGCGAAGCAAAUACCCUGCAGCCUGAUACCCUGCAGUUGGUCUUCGCAGCGGUAGUUGGGCUGAUCUUGUUGAUGAAUGUUGUAGGAACCGUGUAUGAUCUGAUGGUCAAGGAUGAAUCAAAAAAAUCGAAGGCACUGUCCGCGUGGUCGGCUGCUUCAAAUUGGCGGCGCUUGUUGAGUAAUCGUGUUGCGGCAGACCCGGCGCGUGCUGCUCUACUACCGCUGGAAGGCGCAAGGGUGGUGAUGCUGGUUCUGGUGAUCGUGGUACAUACAGGCUUUAUUUAUUAUACGCUAUACCCGUACAGUCCUCGGGCCGCAGAGCAGUUGAUGCAGCAUCCACUAGUGGCGGUCCUGAAGAGCGGCACAGCAAUGGUGCAGUGUUUCGUGGUGCUCACCAGUUUCCUGUUCGGAUAUAACAUUCUGUUGUACUCAAAAUCUGAAGCCAUCACGUUUAAGAUGCUACCCAAGUGUAUCUUUUACAGACUUAUCAGGAUAUCUCCAGUCCAUUUGUUGGUGGUGUGGUUCGCGGGGACAUGGUGGGUGUACUCGGGCUCCGGGCCCGUGUGGGGCGCCGUCACCGCAGAGAGCGCCGCGUGCCGUCACCGCUUGUGGGUGCACGCUCUCUACGCACACAACCUUCUACCUGCAGACUACUUCUGCCUUCUACCCACCUGGUUCCUAGCAAUGGACAUGCAGUUGUAUUUAGUGGCAGUAGUGCUAACGAUUGUCCUGAUACGACUCGGCCGCGAUUCUGUCCGGAUACUUGGCGUUUUGUUCUUGGCAUCUUGUCUGUUGAACGCCGUACUCAUUUAUAUCUUCGAGUGGAAGUCAAUGCUGUAUAUAAUGAACCCACAGAAUACUCACACUAGAUUCGUGGAUGUACCAUCGUUCCAUCAGUUCUACAUGUCGCCGUGGGGAAGCCUGCCGUCCAGUAUUCUGGGCCUAUUGGUUGCAAAUAUUUAUUUCGAGCAACAAAACCAGGGAUUUAAGGCAAUUAAAUGUAAGUGGCUGGUGUGGUCCUACAAACUUAGUAUACCAAUGAUGGUGGGACUGGCUUCUCUGGGCACCUACCUUGACCACUACACGUCUCCAAUCGUCAUCCUCGUGUACACGGCCCUCGAGCGACCAGUUUUUGUUCUCGUCUUUGCUAUCUUCCUAUUGGGCCUGUUCAAUGACCUCGACGAUGUGUACAGCGCCGUGUUCUCGUGGGGAGGGUGGCGGUCGCUGGGCCGCGUGUCGCUGUCCGUGCUCACCAUCCACUGGUGCGUGGGAAUGAUGUUGGUAGCCGCGCGACAACAUACCAUCACCUUCUCUAUACCACAAUUGUUGGUGGAUGCGAUAGCGACAGUCGUUAUCACAUACUUGAUAUCAGUUCCGGUCACGGUGCUGGUGGAAAUGCCGGUGCACAGGUUCUUUGCUGCUCUCGUAUGA